UCGUUUGUUUAUGUUUCAGUGCUAUUAUUACAUAUAUAACACCUUAAACUUAAACCCUAGCAACCCAAGAACAGAGAGGCUGCAAAAACCCUACUUUUCAGCUUUAAAUGGCGGCUAAUAAGAACAAAGGAGCAAAAUUAAGGAACCCACCUACAAAGCAGAAGCAAAGAAGUGAUCUUUUCACUGAAAAAAAGCGACCCAACAAAAAAGAGGAGGCCUUUGAUGAUGUUUAUGAUAACCACAGUGAAGAAGAAGAAGAAGAAGAAGAAGAAAUAGAAGCUGAAGACUUAUUGGAUGGAGAUGAACAAGUCUCUGAUUUUGAUGAUGCCUCUGAAAUUUCAGAUGAGGAUGAUGAUGAUGUUCCCUUGGCUGAUGAUUUCCUCCAAGGAGAUGAUGAUGAUGAAGACGGAGAUUCACGUUCUACUUCAGGUUCAGAUUCUGAUUCAGAUGAAACUGAUAUUGAGGGGAAGUCUAGGGCAAUUGAUGAACAAAGGGCGAGGGAAGAAGAGGAUGCACAGGCAGAAAUGCAGCUGAACAUUAAAGAAGAGUCUGAUGAGUUCAGAUUGCCAACAAAAGAGGAACUUGAAGCUGAGCAACAACAUCCACCUGAUCUUGCUAAUCUUCAGAUGAGAAUAAAAGAGAUUGUUCGAGUGCUCUCAAAUUUUAAGGAUUUGAGGCAAGAGGGAACCACAAGAAAGGAUUAUAUUGAGCAACUUAAAAUGGAUUUGGCUUCAUAUUAUGGCUACAAUGAAUUCCUGAUUGGGGUUUUGGUGGAUAUGUUUCCAGUUGUUGAACUCAUGGAACUUAUUGAAGCUUUUGAAAAGCCUCGACCUACAUGUAUUCGGACGAACACAUUAAGGGCACGUAGACGAGAUCUGGCUGAUGUUCUCUCCAAAAGAGGAGUAGAACUAGACCAAUUAAGCAAGUGGUCAAAAGUUGGGUUGGUGGUGUAUAACUCGCAUGUGCCCAUUGGUGCCACUCCAGAGUAUUUGGCUGGCUUUUACUAUAUACAAGGUGCAAGCUCCUUUUUGCCGGUUAUGGCUCUUGCUCCUCAGGAAAAGGAACGCGUAGUUGAUAUGGCAGCUGCACCCGGUGGUAAAACAACUUAUGUUGCUGCACUCAUGAAAAAUAGUGGAAUAAUUUAUGCAAAUGAAAUAAGGGAAGCAAGACUGAAGUCACUUACUGCAAAUUUGCAUCGCAUGGGGGUGACAAACACAAUAGUUUGUAAUUAUGAUGGAAGGGAGCUUCCCAAGGUUUUGGGUCAGAACUCAGUUGAUAGAGUGUUGUUGGAUGCCCCUUGUAGUGGUACAGGAGUUAUAACUAAAGAUCCAUCUGUUAAAACAUCUAAAAGUUUGGACGAUAUACAAAAAUGUGCCCAUUUGCAGAAGCAACUGAUACUUGCUGCUAUUGAUAUGGUCGAUGCAAAUUCCAAAUCUGGUGGAUACAUUGUUUACUCAACAUGCUCUAUGAUGGUUCCAGAGAACGAAGCGGUCAUUGACUAUGCACUCAAGAAGAGAGAUGUCAAAGUAGUACCAUGUGGACUUGACUUUGGCUGUCCCGGAUAUAUCCGAUUUAGGGAGAAUCGGUUUCACACAUCCUUAGAAAACACAAGGCGGUUUUAUCCUCAUGUCCACAAUAUGGAUGGAUUUUUUGUGGCUAAGUUGAAGAAAAUGAGCAAUGCAAAGAAGAACCCCAUAAGUUCUGAAGAUGCAGAAACAGUAGAGCAAACUCAGGGGCCGGAGGAGACUUGGAGUGACAAGGACAACAUAAAAGAGCUUGAACAACACUUGAAGAAACAAGGAACUAAAGGGAAAAAGAAGAGCUUAAAGAAGAAUGGUUUAUCUGAAAAUGGAAAGUUAGAAUCAAUUCCAACAUCAAAAAAGAGGGGAAGAACCGAAAACUGGAAAGUAGAAUCGCCAUCAACAUCAAAAAAUAAGAAAAGAAAAUUUCCCUCCAAAGAGGAAAUCUCCAAAGCAAGGGAAGAGAAGAGAAAGGCCAUGAGGGAAAACAAGAAGCGAGGAAGGAAACAGAAGGCUGGAGAAUGAUAAAUUCCUUUUGGGACACAUCUUAGUUUGUAGUGAUAUGCAUUAAAGUGGAUGAGUGACUUGGAUGCUUACUAGUUGUAUUCUAUUUAACCAAACUUUAUCGUUUUUAUUUGAUCUUAUCAUUUGUUUUAACACUCGUCGCUGUUGAAUUCAAUAUUGCUCCUUAAUGCUAAACCUGAACUCACCAAUCAAUGACAUAUAUGAUUUCAUUUUUUUUUUUUGUAGCCAAAUGUA